UUAUCCUGUCGUGCAUCCUAAUUCCUAGUCUCUCUCGUACCGAAAUUUACCUGUUAAGAUACACAGCCGCUGAUGCCACUACAAUAAAAUUAGUUAGGAGCUUAUUGCAGAUAUUUAUAACGGAAAGACGGUGCUGAAACAUGCACAGUACAACAGAAAUGGCGGCACCAAUCUUGAACGCUAUUCCCUCCUCCGCAAGACCCGAAUUACACUCUCUUCUUCAUUCCAACCUCAACAAAGCACGCUUCCCUUCGUUCUCGCUUCGAAUCCCUACGCUCAAUCCUGUCAUCUGCAGAGCCUCCGAGUCACCCACAGUUCCACCGAAGAAGCGUUCCUCCAACAACAAGAAAAAAAACAACAACAACAACAACAGCAACGCCAUCGCUGCUGAUUCCAACUCCAUUUCCAAUCCUCCUCCACUUCCCACGUCACUGCCCAAACCGCCCUCCGGAUUCGUCGUAGACGAGCGCGGCAAAGUUCUCACCGCUUCCAGAGACCGGCUCGCCACUCUGGUCGAUCCUGCGAAUAACCUUCCCUUAGAGUGUGUUGUAAGGAGAGAGUUCACGAGUUCUCAAGGAGAUGAUUGUAUGUUGCUCUGCCCCGUUGAUAUGCCUGUCCAAAUAUUGAAGAGCACAAGUGAUGGAUGGUCGGAUGUCAGUGACGAGGAGCUUGAAUCUAUUCUGCCUUCUGCUGCUUAUGCGCUUGCCAAGAUACGCCUCUAUCUGGUUCAUAGUGGGUACUGUUAUACAGCUCGUGGUGGUUUUUGUUACUCAGAAGAAGAUAUAUUUGACUUUCACACAGAUGGUAAAGGUGAUAGCUUGCCAACCGAAGGUGUAGAAAUUGCACACUUCAGUCUGGAACAAGCACACUACAUGAUAUAUACACCAUCUGAUCCACUUCUUUUUGUUGCUAUCAAGGAUCAGAACGGGAUGUUGCAAAUUGCAGACGAUGAACUGCUCGAGGAUCCUGCUAUCACUAGCGCUAUAGAUGAAGAGACUGAAUUUAAUGCCUUGGUGGAGGAAGAAGCUGCACUCCUUGACGCACUGUUGGGCAAAAGAUAACCCCGUAUUACUUUUUGCAAUAGAGUUGUCCCACCAAUGUUUGCUUUCAGCGUGUUUGUUUGCAUGUUGAAGAAAGAAGCUACUAUUUGUAACUUCUGCCUUGUCACGGAUCAAAAGCUAUCAAACGUAUAACCAAACAUGCAGAUAGUAUUUUUCCUCUGGAAUGUUAUCUCUUGGUCUGUCUGCAAAUCACCAAAUAUCUGGGCAUAGAAAGUCCCCUUCUGUACAUGUGAUCAAUUUUGUAUGUAUGAUUACGCCUUAUAUUUUUGGACUUUAAUUUUGAGAUAAUGUCAAUGUAAUUUUUUAUAUUGUUAAUCAAUUAAAACUUUUAAAGCA